GCCGACAACAACACUGCGGCCUCGUCCUUCAGUGGGCCCGUCCGUAACAUUCUGGGUCGUCGUUUCGACUGGAAAUUUUUUUUUAAACGCGUUUUUUUUUUCCCCGUUAACUUUUUUCCGGUCGUCAAUCGUCGGCGCUGGACUUUUACGCUUUUCCGUCGGUCCGUCGCGCUUCGCGUUCCCCGGACAGACAGGCGUGCGUGACCAGCCCCACGGCGGCAGCAAAUCUCGUCUCGGGGGCCGGACAAAUACACGGAAGGACCUGCAGCUGAACUACGUCGUCGUCACCGUCACGUUCUAGUAUUCAUAACAAGCCUCCUGAAUGUUCAUUCAAUAGGAAAACACAGAAGCGGUUGAGAAAAAAUGAAUUCCAAUACACUUUACUAUUAAACGCUGUUCGCUGCAUGCAGCGACAACAACAGAAUUGUAAAACCCAAAGAAAACCAAAAAUGCUCCAUUAAGCAUCUAUCCCCUCUUACAGAAGAUGGGAUAUUCAACUACAUACUCAUCAGCUCAAUAAAUAACUUUUUUUGGCUGUUUUGUACUUUUUUUUUAUUUAGUUUAACUUGCAACUUAAAUUUUUUUAUUCAUACUCAAUACAUUUUAAAUUAAAAUCAUUUUAUUUUAAAUCUGAAAUUACAAGUCAUAAACAUCAAAGUAUGUCCCACAGUCAUUUUUUAACCAAAGAAAACUUUCCCAGCUUUUGUAAGAAGUUGUCCGAAUUGGAGUGGACAAUGGAUUCAACAUGUACGGAAAAACCUGAAUCUUCAUCUCCUGCUUAUUCUUUUUUGCCAACGGCCCGAAAUGUACCCAAAAGUGAUUAUCAUCCUAAAGAAUCUUACCAACGUUUUUUAAUUGAUUCUAAUGAAGACAACACUUUAAUUGAAAAAUAUCUGAAACAAGAAUGUGACACUUAUAAGUUGUUUGGCGGCCCACCAAUUAAUCCGUUAUUUACUGAUGAAGGACGUGGUUCUAGUAUUGAAGAUUCUCCAAAAUCAUUUUCAUAUUUUUCAAAAACGAAUUGCUCUUACAUGGAUAAAAGUAUUUGGGCACAAGAUUCUGGUAACGAUAGCUGGCCUGAUGCUUUUUUGCCAUUGGAUAUUAAAGAAGAAACCACAUGGAAAGAAUUGAAUACUGAAAUCAAAAAGGAGCCAAUGUCAUGGGCAGUUAUACAGCGUCCGGCCAAAGAAGAUAAAUUUAAACCCAUUAAUCAAUUGGUUGAUGCUGGUGCAGCAAUUUUUCCAGAUGGCUCACAAUUUGAAAUUGAUCUAUCAUAUGAAGCAUUUGACGCAGUUGAAGUCGAAGGAAAAUUAUACAUUGGUAAAGAUGAAUUUAGGCGUACAGAUGAUGGAUUGUUGUAUAAAGUCUGUAAUCAAGAUAAAGGCACUCAAACGGACAGUUGGGAUGAUGAUGAAAAUGUUUUAGUAACACGUACUGCUAGACGACAUUACCAUUUUCCGAUAUUCCAGAAUUGGCACACAUCUCAAUCAGGCGAUAACCAAGAUCUGCUUAGUGAUUUUUUUAAUCCACAACGUGCACGUGAAGUCAGAGGUGACAUGGAUGAUAGGUCUCAAAUGGUAGAUAUGCUUCGCAACAUUAUGGGUAUGCAACAUAUAUGGGAUAAGCCAACCAUGUACAAUGAAAUUGAUCCUUAUCCAGAACAAAACUUGUACAUACCAACAACAUGCAAUGAAUUGGCUGCUACCUACACAAUAUUGCAGUCAGAUAGUGGUUCAGAAAGUUCAGAUGAUAUAGACAAUAACUGUGGUACACUAUUCCGUAAUUCGCGAACUUAAAAAAGGCAUAAUUAAUUUUGGAACUUGCAAGAUUAAAUCAACACUGUAAUAUUUUGUUUUGCCGUGCACCGUUUGUGUUUUUUGUCAAGACAUGUUAGACUCAUUAAGGUUAGGUUAUACAUAUUUUUUCUUUGGGACAAAAAACUAUAAUAUUUUACAUUUGUAUGAUCGUUAACAUAUAGUUUUGGUCGAUAAGUUAUUUGUUUAAAAUUGUAUUUAAAAACAAAAUAAAAAAAAGAACAAAACGUCAAAAACCCUUAAAAAAAAAAUAAAAAUAUUUAUAUAUUAAAAAUAAAUAUACAAUAAUAUAUAUUUAUAUCUUAUGGAUAGACCUAAGGCUCUAAAAUAUUACCAUAUGGGUUAUUUUCUUAGGUUAAAGAAAUUAUCCCAUUUAAAUAAUUUGCUUUGAUUAAUGAUGUAUUUCUUUUUAAUGUGUUCAAAACUGUCAAGACAUUUUAAGAAUUUAUCAUUUUGUUAGCCCAAUGGUAGCAAUAUUUUGUAAUUAAUCAAUUUUAUUUUGAAGUUAAACGAUAAUAAAAAAUAUUAAAAUGGAGAACUACCCGAAAGUUGAAUCUAACAAGAUAUCGAAAGUUAGGUUAGGUGUCUAUGAGCAAAGUACAUACUCUAUUCAAGUGAGGAACUGGACAAAUUUCUUUGGAUUUUUUUAUGUGAGAAUAUUUUAAUGAAUUCAAGUAUUUUAAAAUUACUCGACCUUUAAAGUUUUAUAUCUUAUUUGAUCUAAAACAUACCUAAAAUUUUAAAUUUAUAAAUAUUGUGGGUCACAUUAAGCUUUAAAAAAAUGUAUUUAUUCUCGGAAUUCAUAACUAAUCACCAUUCAUAUAAAAAUAAUUUUUAUUUUGAAUCUGUUAAUCCUGGUCAUUAGCGUUUGUCCAGUUCAGUAAGAAGAUAUCAAAAAGACGGGUCCUGAUUUUUUUUAAAUAUGGCGCCCGAAAAUUAUUUGACACUAGUAUAUAUAUAUAUAUAUAUACACAUUCACACUUAUAUAUACAUAUGUAUAAUAUAUAUGUAUUUUUUUUUUAGUUAAAGUGAAGUAAAAGUUAUUUUUUCUAAUAAAGCAGUCCGAAAACCGUUUUCGGCCCUGAUUUUUAAUAAAAAAGCGCCUAGAGUUUUAUGUUAACACUAACCAUUUUUUUAAAUUAUUAUUUUUGUUUAUUACUCACAGUUAACCAAAGUGCCUUUUAGAAACAUGUA